GAGAUUCAUACGUGUAACAAAGCGCCAUAAUAAAAACAUUAUCAUGUAAACAUAAUAACGUUGUGUCACAUUAGCAGGAAGGAAAUAAAAUGAAUUGUUAUGUGUAAACCUUGCAGGUUCUGACUCAGUAUUUUUGCUGUCUUCAACACUACGUCUGCUUACAUAAUUUUCCAUAUCAAAACACAAUACGAAAUUAAUAUUCACUUUACCAGUCCAAAUGUACCGGAAGUGAACUGCAGGUGCUUGACAACAGGACGCUAAUUGUCAAUUUAGUGCUAGAAUUGAGUUUAGUUGAUGGUUUAAAGUCAUCCAACAUCAUGGCAAACGAGAAGAUUAUGAAAGGAGAUGUAAUGGAAUUUGCUUCGAAUAUGAAGAAGCUAAUAAAUAACAAAGAUCAUAGUGAUGUCAAGUUUCUGAUUGGCCAGAACAGAAAAGCUGUGUAUGCUCAUCGAUGCAUUCUCGCGUCCAGAUGUGCGGUGUUUAGAGCUACAUUUGCUGAGCAAGCCCAAAAGAAUGGCACAAUUGAUAAAGACACACCCUUUGUACUAUCAGACAUGUCUGGAGACAUUUUCUUAGCAAUGCUAGAGUUCAUUUAUACCAACUGUGUCACCCUCACACCAAAAAUUGCCAUCGAAGUUUUAGCUACAGCAUUAGAAUAUGGCUUAGAUGAUUUAAGACGGCUUUGCUGUGAAUAUCUUGAAGAGAACCUGAGCAUACAGAAUGCCUGUGACUGCAUGCAGGCUGCCGUAACGUAUGGCCAGGAAGACCUCAAGGAAAAGGUGCUUAUCUACAUUGAACAACACACAGAGAGUGUGUUUAAAUCAAAAGCAUUCCAAGAAUUGUCUGACACGGCCUUAGCGGAGGUUCUCAAAGUAGAUGGCCUGGGAAUGGAUGAGGCGGAAAUAGUCAAAUACGUCAAAGAAUGGGCCGCUGUUAACUCGGUGGUACUAGGAAAGCCUGUUGCGGAUGUGGCAAAGAAUGUCAUCACAUGGAUCCGACUCCCCAUCCUAAGUCCAGAUGAAAUUGAAAAGUUGGAGAAAGAAAACAAGAAAGAUAACAUAAUACCAGUGGAACUGUUCAGUAUAGCCUGGAGAUUCCAUGCACUGAACCAACCUGACCCCAACAAUGCGAGUGCUAAGAAACGAAUUGGAACACAGAACCGACCACACCACAAAAACCUCAAUGGAUGAGUGAUGCAUGAUAUACAUUAUUACUUACAGACUGUGUAAAUAUUAUUGAGGCACCAAUCAAAAUGGAUAUGCAUUUCUCCUGUUUAGAAUGUAGAUUCUUUUUUUUGUAAGACUUGUUUUUUGCAUGGGAUAAAACAUCUGAAUGUAUGACCAUGAAUCAGGGAAAGAUGGAUUUACCCUACUUUUUACAACUUUUAUAUACUUUUACAUUAUUGUGAUAUUUUAUUAGUGAUCUGAUUUUGUAUAUAAAAAUGUGUGCAUUGUUGCAGACAAAAAAUAAAAAAAUAGCAUUUUUUUCUACAAAUGCAGAUUAUUGUACUAUGUAUGUUUGCCAUUAUAUAUUAUAUUGUGUAACCUGUAAGUGCAAGUACAUAUAUAAAAGAAUACACAAUUAAUUGUUGUUUUGCAUUGAUUUUAGUUGGUUUGUUAAUUUAUUUAGUUUUAAAGACAAACCUUGAAUUUAAUUUUUAUUAAUUGUGCUUUUUGAUCAGUAUUACUAUCUUUUCAUAACGAUUAACACUAUGUUUCAAUGACUUAUUCAUAUUGCUUGUACAUGUACACCUCACAAGUUGUUUUUGUUUUCUAUGAGUUGACUAUACGCAACUGUGAUUGUGUAGUUUCCAAUAGCUUAAUUGAUCUGUGUCAAGGUCUGUCUAAACAAGUCAUCCUAUCCUUCACAUGAAAUAAAUGUCAGAUUGUUUGUGAGAUAAUCAUGAGAUUAAAUUCUAACAAGUGCAUGUAGAUCUUUUGUUUUUAGAUUUUCACUAUAUGGGACACAUUUUUAAAGAUUUUUGUUUAAAGAUCUAAAUAAAAUUGUGUUAAACUCUUUAAAAAUAUAGUUUGUUUUUGUUUUGUAUAAGCUGUAAUAUUAUUUUGUAUAAAAAAGCUUUAGAAUCAAUACAAUAAAAGUAAAACACA